AUGGACAUCAACCUGUUCAUCCACAGUGUUGAAGUGGAGCUGGCCGCGAGGGAUACAGCUGUGGGGGGGGACGAGCAGGAGGAAGAAAAUGUGGUGUACUGCCUGCACAUUAAAGUGGAGAGUGGCGACGCGCGGGGAGGCAGCGGGCCAGGUAGUGGGUCAAACGGUCACCCAAGCAGUGACGCAGGUGGCCGCCCCUAUGGCACACAGCGUGGUCUGAAGAACGAAAUGCCGAAUGGGCUCUUUUACGAAACGCCAUGGUACAUGUGCGUGAAGAAGGGGCAAAGCGAAAUAUGCCUCAUGUCUUACGAAGUGAACAUAUCACACGCGUUUAACAUGCUGGAGAGGGACGAGGGACUCGCCCUGUACGUGCUGCGGAAAGACCUGAACAAAGACAAAGUCGAUUACCUGCACCGAAGCGAGCUGAACAUGAAGAACAAAAGACUCUACGAUAGGAACUAUUGUAUCCUUUUCGAAAAUGAUAAUCUAAAGGGGAAAAUAAAAGUGUAUUUAAAAAAUGGAAUUAUAUAUAAUCACACGUUAGGUGAAAUAAAAACGGCUAAUUAUUUGAAAGACGUCCAUUUGGAGAAAUUUUUGCCAAGUGAAUUUCCCACAGAGGUAGGUAAAGAGCAAGUGGAAGGCAAAAUUGACCAUCGCCCAAAAGAACAAAGCGGGUUGUCUCAAGACAAGCAUAUAAUUAACGAGUUUAAUGAGUUGCUAAACGAGAGGAGGGUCCUAUACUGGGUUUACAUAGACGACAAUGGGAAGGAACAAGGCCCCUUCAACAGCAACACCAUUUUUACUUGGAUCAUAAAUGAGUAUUUUGAGGACGACACGUUAAUCAGGUUACACGAUAAGGGGAAGUUCUACAAGCUGUGCGAGGUGAUUGGCUAUAUUGAAAAAAAUGUGUUACUAAAUUCGGGCGGCCAUGAACUGGUGGGGCACAACCUGGGGGAUAGCCAGGGGAACAUCCUGAGGAACAGCAUCAUUCAGGGGGUGAAUACCAAUGGGGUGAAUACCAAUUGGGACGUUUCGAAAGGGAGCCAAACGGAGAAACAGACAAAUUUCAUCCAUCGGGGGGAUGCUACCCAAAAUGACAUGGGCAAUUACGCCGUAAACAAAAGUGAUAUUUAUUUUCCCGAAGGGGGGUACGUCGGACAGUACAUGGAGAGGACUUCCCAAAAAUUAAACGACGCGUACAGCAACGAAGUGGAGGCGAAGAAACCCACUUCUACUGUUCUCAGCAAAAGUGAAGAUUUUUCAAAGGGGGAAGACGCAGCCAUUCAUAACAAGGCACAUAGUAACAAAAAUGUAAAAAAAAAAAAUCAAGUGAAAAGGCUGAAAAGGGAGAUUAAAAGGAUCAAAGACGAAAUGGUUAAAUUGAAGGAAAGUGCUUCUUCAAGUAGACCAACCCCUUGUGACGAUGCGGAGGUGGAGGCACGUCACGAUUGGUCCCCUCAGUGUGGGGAGGACGGGGCGUCCAAUUUAACAUCCAACGCAGCAUCGAAAAAGAAUUCCGGCGCCACACAAGAAGAAUCUCACAUCAGCACAAGUAAUAAUGUAACGCAUGAAACGGCGCACAUUGGGCCUUUCCAAGAAAAUGUAGGGAGAAGUGCUGCCCAGAAUAACGCACAAAGUGUAACACCCGGACAUGUUAAAGAGGGUGUAAAUUACCUCAGUAAUGCUUUUUCAAGCGAGGCAAACCUGAUCGAAAAAAUAAUUAGCGAAAUUAAUGAAGAGUUUCGAAUAAAAGAAAAUCACCAAAAACAGAGGUGCGUGGAAAUUGCCAUGAGCAGUAUAAGUCAAGCGCAGGAGUGCCUUCUCAACAUAAAGAAGAAGCGAAUGACGUCCUACCUGAACAGAAUAAUCAACUUAUCAAUUCAUGAUGAGGCAAUAUACAUCGGGGAGGACAAUCAAGAAAUGGUUCCUAUGGAGCGGAGGCACUUGAAGAAGAAAGCGCCGAAAAAUGGCACCUUCGGAGGUGCUCGCAGCGUUGCUUAUGGUGUCUCCUGUGAAGCGUGCCCAACGUGUGCAGCUCUGUGUGCUAAUCGGAAGAAGGCAAUACUUAACAGGAGUGCGGUAGGAAGCAUCGACGAGGUGGCGGGCCAAAGGGGUUACCUCCACGCGAGGGGGAAAUUCUCGAAUGGGGGUUUGGAAAGCGCGCCGAGGAGGCGAAAGGAGGUGGGGUAUUCGUUAGUAAUAAAUGGGGGGUCGCCGAAAAGUGCCGAGAAGGUUAAAUUGGUUAGUGGGGAAAAAUGGCCAAACGGGAGUUUCCAAGGAAGGAGCUGCGGGGGAGUUUCCAAGGAACAGGCAACCACUCUGUGCCUCAACCGCCAGAACAACGAAGAAGUUGUGUACAACUACUACGUAACUUACGACCAAUUUUUAAAGUGCCUACUUUUGAUACAGCGCAGUGUAAGGAUGUGGCUGAGCAGAAGGAAAAGGCGUAGCUCCUGGUGGAGCAAAAACAAAUAUGAUGUUUGCAACUCGGGAGAAUUAGGCCACUGUUGCUCCUUUAGGAGUAGCGCCUUAAGUGGCAACCAUGGGGAGAGAGAAAAAAAACCAGGAGAAGAUUCUACUCGAAUAAAAAAAGAAAAAUACAAAACAGACAUCAUAAAUCGUAUAUUCCAAAAUGUGCAUUUUGUGAAUAAUGAAAAGAAGGACGUACAUGAAUCGUAUGUUACUUUUUUGGAGCAAGAAAUGGGAAACAAAAUGGAAGGGAGGAAGGCACCGACGUUAUCACCCCUUCUACGGAGUGUUGAAACGGAGAGGGACAACAUCCCUGUGGGUUCCCCUCCAAAUGGGGACUACCUUUUUAAUAAGAAGGGUCAAAUGAACAAGCAUGAGGAAGACGAACUAAAGAGGAGGUGCGAAGAGAGGGGACCGCUUAACAGGGUUGACAAGCUUCAUUCAGACGUACUUCAAAGUGGAGGCAACUCGCUCAGAAGGGAAGACACCGAAAAGGUUAAACAAAUGUAUGGCGUCAAAAGGGAGGGUACAAGUUAUGAUCAAGAGGAGAGAUCAUCUAAGCAAAAUGUACAUGAGCUUUUGUGUAACCUGUUAAGUAAGUACAAAAGUGCCAGCGAGGAAAACGGGACGAACGAAAAAUUGAGCAGCUUGCAGCCAAACGAACAGUUUACGCGUAACUUAGAAAAGUACAAUAGCUUCCUCAAGUCGAUAGAAAAAAAAGACAUCUCUGGAAAGAGGGACACAUUACUAUCAUUUGUGAACAACCUAAAAUUUGAUAACAUAUUGGGUGAAAAGAAAAAAAAUUGCCAAUUGGAAACGGGCUUAAAGAGCGGUUCCGCCAUGCCCACGCCGUGUUCCUUUCUGAGUUAUAGAGAAAACCCCGCCCAUAACUGCAGUUACAAUGAUAAGGGGCAGAAUGGAGCGGAAGACGGUAUCACCAAGGGGGGAAAUAACACAGCCAGAAGUGACACCAAACUGGCACAAAUUAAAUUUCUCCAAAAGGGCAAUUUUUUUUGUAAAAAUUUUUCCGAAAAAGAAGGAAAUGUGAUGGACCAUCCCGUGGGCAAAAAUAGUGUGAGUCACUUUUUGCUGAACAAAGUUGGCAAUAAAGAUUUGAAAAACACCGUAACGGAUAAUCUUUAUGAUGGAUGUUAUUCAGAUCGUUUUAUGGGAGAUCAUCACCGCGUCUUCAUUACGAAGAGGUGA